AUGUCAAUUCUUGACCGCUUGGUCGGUGAAGACGGGCAUGCUUUUGCUAUUGCGGCGAAGGUGUGUGCUUCAGUACUUGCUGAUCUGCGAUGGGGAAUCGGCAAUCCAGGGGCAGACACAGGCAAAUUCUCGGGGCACAUUAAGCACGCAGACUUCGCGGAGCACCUUUUGAGGCUCUCCAGAAAGCACGACGCAUCUCUCCAUGCUUACAUCCGGGAUAUCAAGGACCCACAGGUGUAUGUGGCCCUGAAAGCCAGGAUCACCAGAGCCGCUCAGAUCGGAAACUGCGGUGAAUGCGCUAACCUGGCUGCCUGCUACCUCUUUCUGGAGCCGGACGUAAUGCCCAUCACUCUCUGCGAACAUCCCAUAGUAGACGGCGUCCAUGACGACAAUCACUGCUAUGUCACCUUUGCGCUUGGCAGCAACCCGGGGAAGGAGUACGUGCUCGACGUCUGGGCCUAUCUCUACAUGCGGCACAUGAAUGGUCCAGAGCACUGGAAGUUUGGAUUUCACCCGAAGGCCGACCAUCCGAAAGUCGCCAAAGAGCUCUACUCCGAGUGGACCCCAGGUGCCGCAGACCCUCCAAAACCUUUAGAGAAGGUCGUCUUCAGUGUCGAGUAUCUCCAGAGGCUGCAGCCCGAAACACUUCAGGACGCGCUGCCGCAGGCAAUACGGGAACAAGCGCUGAACCGUCUCUGCAAAUUAACUGGGCCAAAGGAGCAAGAGUUCGAGAAGGCGCUGAAAGAGCUUCAUGACGACAUCGCCUCGCAGGUGGAUUCUGCAGUGAUCAACAUCAACAUCCCACCACCGAGCGAGCCGCUCUGCAGCAUGCGGGCUUCAAGUGCCAAGGAGCAGCUGGGUCGCAUGUCGGAUGCACACCAUGCCGAUGAGGUCCUGGGGCUGAGCGUCCGUAAGGCAAGCUCGGACCGAAUGACCGAUAGUUGA